CUGUAGAUGUUUCUGAAUACGUACUCGUACUACUGAAAAAUGAAAUUUUCGCUUAUAUUAAACCACAACAGUGAAUUUGAUUCCACUUCAAUUCUACUUUCUUACAUUGAAGUUUUGGACUGGAAUUUAAAAAGAAUUCAGUUCUGAAUGGCGCACAACUCUGCUGUAACCGGAGCGCGCAAGUUUCGCCAACGCGCUGACGUCAGGAUUCCAUACGCGACGCUGUGUUUCUUCGCGUCGCGUUCGCAGAGCGUUGUGACUGAAUCAUAGCGCAGACCAAGCCCUUGACGUCAGCUGAGCGAGUCAUCUCAGCGACCAAUCAGAUGCUAACAAGCAGGCGCCGCUGUCUGUGAACUGCCAACGCGUUCUGAUCAGAAUGACAAGCCAAGGCUGAGCGCUGCCCAGAUGCGCUUGGCACGGGAUGCUUUCCUGAGCCUCAUCUAUUCUUCAUCUUCACUUGAUGGAAGAGGGAUGGAGACACGAGCCCGUUCAGUGUGACUCACCCUCCUGCUGUGGCAAUGAGUAACCUGCUCCAGAACACUUCUCUUUGGAACUGGGAUGUACUGGAGGGAAGAAACACGUCGCACGCCCCAUCCUGGGAGCUUGAGCCGGUGCCCGUAAUAAUCAUCAACCCAUGGGACGUGCUGCUGUGCGUGACGGGCACGCUCAUGUCCUGCGAGAACGCAGUGGUGAUUGCUCUGAUCGCCUACACGCCCACUCUGAGAGCGCCCAUGUUCGUCCUCAUCGGGAGUCUGGCGUUCGCUGACCUCCUGGCCGGCCUGGGCCUUAUCCUCAAUUUCAUCGUAACUUAUAUAAUCGAUUCAGGAUUCGUCACGCUGCUGUCGGCGGGGCUCCUCAUCACAGCCUUCUCGGCCUCUGUGCUGAACAUCCUGGCAAUCACCGUGGAUCGUUACCUGUCGCUGUACAACGCGUUGACGUACCACACUGAGCGCACGGUGACGUUCACCUACAUCACGCUUGUGCUGCUGUGGGCCACCAGUGCCACGCUCGGCUCGCUCCCGGUCCUGGGCUGGAACUGCUUGGAGGACGAGAGCACCUGUAGCAUCUGUCGACCAGUGAACAAAAGCAACGCCGCGGCGCUCGCCGUGUCCUUCCUCCUGAUAUUCGCACUCAUUCUGCAGCUGUACCUUCAGAUCUGCAAGAUCGCUUUCCGACACGCUCAGCAGAUCGCAGUUCAGCGUCAAUUUAUGACUGCCUCGCACUCGUCUUCCACCACGAAAGGGGUCUCCACCCUGACUACCAUCCUGGGCACGUUCGCAUUCUGUUGGGUCCCCCUCGCCAUGUACUCGCUGGUGGCGGACACACGGUUCCCUGUGAUCUACACCUAUGCCACGGCUCUUCCAGCCAUCUGCCACUCCAUCAUUAACCCCAUGAUAUAUGCGUUCAGGAACCCUGAAAUUCUCAGAUCAUUGAGGAUUGCGUGUUGUGGGUGCAUGCCUUACAGAUUCACCAUGCGACCAAGGACACCCAGCGAUGUGUAGAGUCUUCAGUUUAAAGCACAAGCCUGUUUGUAAAGCACAUGUUGCAUAGAAUCCACAUUUUGUAAUCCAGUGGAGUGAGGAAAUGUUUAUUGUGGGCAAUUUAGUAGCACUUCAUAUCAGUGUCCGUGUUACACGUUACGGUAAGGCCGUGUGUCCACCAAAGCGUUUUUACCAGUGGCUAGUAUACUCUUCCAAUUGUUUUCAAUGGGAGUGCCACGCUUUUUAAACGUCAGGAGCGUAACGAGUUCUUUUUCAAGCUAUGUUCAACGUUUUUUACUGGUCACCUCAAGUUGAAAAAUGUUCAUCUUUGAGUAAAACACUGCACUCGUCACUGUCACUCUUUAGCCAGCCGUCCAAUCAGAGUGGAGGAGGGACGGGACAAAUACAACACCGACCAACUGUCACAACAUUCUUGCUGUACAACGACAUCAACAAGCAGAGAACGGAACAAACUGGAUGAGAAAUAUUUCAGCAGAGCACCUAACGUUUUCAGCUGGCUAAAAAUGCUUUGGUGGACACAAGGCCUAAUGACAUGUUACUAUAAUUGAUCACUUCAGUAACUAGAAUAAUUUUAUAUAACAUCAACAGUAACUUACUUAUGGAGCCUCUAAAGGGACAUGACGAUGGCAAAAACAAAAUGAGAUGGGAGGAAAACUUUGAUUUCAAUGCCACAAGAAAGUUAUCAUUCGCUCCCUGUGAAACUUUGCGUUUACUCAAAAAACGUUUAUGAUCCUCUGCGAAACUUUACGUUUGCUUGCAAAAUGUUAGCAUUUCCCCAAAAAACUUUGCGUUCACUUGCAAACGUUUUUGCGUUCCUGGAGAAACUUUUCCGUUUUGGUUUUGCUACACUGUAAAAAAUAAAUCCGUUAAAUACCAGAAGCUCGUUAGGCAGCUCAUUAUGGGGAUAUUAUUCAUUAAUUUUACGGGCAUUUCUGUUAACUCUUAAGGGCCCUAUCAUACACCCGGUGCAAUGCGUCGCAAAGUGUUUUUUGCUAGUUUCAGUAAUCAUUUUCACGUCCUGCGCCACGUUUAAAUAGCAAAUGCACUCACGCCCAUCUGUUCGCCCAUG